CUGCUCCUCGUCCACCAUGACUUGGUCACUGGUGUUCCUUAGCGUCUUCAUCUUGCUGUCUGCCUGCCCCGGGCCUAGUGAUGGGGGCCACCCCAUGCCCAAACUGGCCGACCGGAAGAUGUGUGCAGACCAAGAAUGCAGCUAUCCCAUCUCCAUGGCGGUGGCCCUGCAGGACUACCCAGCCCCUGACUGCCGCUUCCUGACCAUCCACAGGGGCCAGGUUGUGUACGUGUACUCCAAGCUGAAGGGCCGAGGGCGACUCUUCUGGGGAGGCAGUGUUCAAGGAGAGUAUUAUGGAGACGCGGCUGCACGCCUAGGCUACUUCCCCAGUAGCAUUGUACGGGAGGACCAGACCCUAAAACCCGGCAACGUAGAAGUAAAGACUGAUAAAUGGGAUUUCUACUGCCAGUGA